AUGGGUGCCGGACCGAGUCACGGUGAACUGGCCGACAACGACUGUCUGCUGCGGUUGGCCGGUGAGCUGGAGAUUACAAUAGACGACCCUUUCUGGGACACGUUCCUCACGUUCUCGUUGAACCCGCCAACCUGUAGCCAAGACGACAAAAUGUUGACUGAUCGCCUCAAGAGCAUCUGUGAAUCACUGGUUGUCAAUAACAGAAACACUUCCAAUUUCAAGACAUUGAUCAGACUGCUAUUGGAUAAAGUUGAUUUUCAAAAGCUAGAAGCCGAAGAAAACAAUAUUUUACGAUGGCAAGUAUUCAAUGGACUUUUUAUUGCUCGAUAUUUUCUCAAAUAUCUCGUUCAAAAUUCUAAAGAAAUUGAGCUCAUCAAUCAAUUUGAGUUACAAACCGAUGGAAUUGAAGUAGCAUUAGGUGACCGUAAAGAGUAUGCUGUUCCAGAAGAUUUAAAUGAAACAACAUCAUUCAAGUUUUUAUCACUUUUAGUUAAAAUUGUUUCUGAAUUGAAAGUAACUGAUUCUACCUAUUCAAUUCACUUAGAGAGUUUAAAUUGUAUUAUAAUUGUUUUGUCUAUUCAAAUGUAUACCAUUCAACCAUCUAGUAGUCUCAUCAUAUACAGAAUAUUCAUGGAAAAUAUUGAUGCUCCAAAAUUGUCAAAAGCAUUGUUACAAAGGUAUACAGAGCAAAUUAAGCCACCCGUGAUGUCAGGAGGUGGAAUUUUCUAUGGACUAGCUUCAAACUUAUGGAACAUACUGACACUCAGUACUAAUGUUCCUGUCCAAACGAAUCAGAGUCCAUUAAGUUCAUUGUCAAUUAGUGUGUUGUUGAUAUUGAUUAAUCACUGUACAUCACCGCCACCUCCAAAGGGAAACCCAUAUCGUACCUGCAUUGCUUCACUAUCUGACAAUCUUGUGGUUAUAUACCAAUUUUUGGGUGAGAAUCCGGAUGCUCCAUUAAGUGAAGAAAAGACUUUAUUACUGUAUCAUUUGAUACACUGUAAUCCUAGCUUUAAAUCAUUUCUUCUGGCUCGCACUGAUAUUGAAGUAGUGUUGAUUCCACUUUUAAGAACAAUUUACAAUACACAGAGUAGUAGAUUUCAACAUAUGUACAUGGCUCUUAUUGUACUGUUGAUACUCACAGAAGAUCAACUCUUUAACAAAACCGUCCACAGUAUUAUACUGAAAGGUGCUACAUGGUAUCAAGAAAGAGUGGUGUCCGAAAUUUCUCUAGGAGGUCUUAUUAUUUUGGUCACUACGAGAACAGCACAAUACAAUCUACUGAAAAUGAGAGAUAAAUAUUUACACAUUAAUUGUUUUGCGGCAUUAGCAAACAUGUCAUCGCAAUUCAAUCAGCUGCAUCCAUAUGUUUGUCAAAGAAUGUUGAGCUUAUAUGAGGUGCUGUCAAAAACAUUUUUAAGAUGCCCAAACCAAGAUAUGAGUGCCAUUGAUGAAGCAUUGCGUAUAGUAUUGGAAGUGAUAAAUUCGUGUCUAUCUAAUCAACUAAUACACAAUCCUAAUUUAGUAUAUGCUCUACUCUACCAACGCAAGGUGUUUGAGCCGCUGAAGAGCCAUGAAGCAUUCCAUGAUGUAAUCCAGAACAUAGACAUGGUCAUAACAUUCUUUUCCGCAAAACUCGAACGGGAAGAAGAAUUAUUGAAUUCAUCCGAUGUAAAUACAAUGUUGUCCCGAGUGCAACAUUGGUCGCUUCAAUGGCCCAGAGACCUUAUGAAGAAAUUUCCAGAUCUUAAAUUCAAAUAUGUGGAAGAAGAGAAACCAGAGGAAUUUUUCGGUCCAUACGUUUGGUCAUUGGUGAACAUAUUGUCUGGUAUUAACUUUGAAUCAACUCUCUAUAAAUUGAAUUAA